GAGGCAAUUCCGCUUUAUUCGGAAGUUGGCUUACUCAGCCAAUCAGAGACGAGAGGAGGGAUUCUCCGCUGUGAGUGCCAUUUCUUUAGCGAAGGACAUUGAGUGGUUAUUGCAAGGAAGAAAGCGCGGACGGACUAACAGUAAUGGCAGGACAUGAUGCUGGGACACAAUAUCAAUUCACAGGAAUUAAGAAAUACUUCAAUUCCUUUACUAUAACAGGCAGAAGAAAUUGUGUAUUAGCCACAUAUUCGGGUGUUGCUUUGCUCAUCCUUUACUUUAAACUGAAGCCUAAGAAAAAAACCCCAGCUGUAACAGAGAAAUAAAAUGGGUUACUGACAUGCUGAUAUUGGACCUUCCAUAUUGUAUUGCUGUAACUGGUAGAAGCUGAUAUCCUUCAAUAAAUUAUGAACAGUGA